CCCCACCGACGCCUCACGAGUUCCACACUGUAGUUGGGUUCACUUGAGAAUCCGCUCAUGAAUCACUUCAUUAAUAAAUAAACUGCUGGGUGUCAUGGCGGAGUCCGCAGCGUGUCCUGUCUUCCAGCUCGGGAGACCCCGCUACGAUCAGGGUUCCUUCCUCGGUCGUCUGAGACACUUCGUGGACAUCAUUGACCCCAGCACCCUGUUUGUGUCCGAGAAACGACUGAAGGAAUGCAUGAAGCUCCUGGAUGACUAUAAAUGUGGAAGCCUUCCACCUGGAGUGUCCGAUCUUCAGCUUUGGGAGGCCCAGAAGAUCAAACAGGCCAUCAUUCAUCCUGACACAGGGGAGAAGAUCUUCAUGCCAUUUCGAAUGUCAGGUUAUGUACCAUUCGGAACGCCAAUUGUCAUUGGCCUCCUUCUCCCAAAUCAGACUGUGGUGUCUACCAUUAUAUGGCAGUGGCUAAACCAGAGUCACAAUGCUUGUGUGAACUACGCCAACCGCAAUGCCACAAAGCCUACACCAACAUCCAAGUUUCUUCAAGGUUAUGCUGGAGCUGUGACGAGUGCCGUCUCCAUUGCAGUGGGGCUGAAUGUGCUGAUUCAGAAAGCCAACAAGCUGAGUCCUGCCACCAGAAUGAUCAUAAAGAGACUUGUCCCAUUCCCAGCUGUUGCGAGUGCAAACAUCUGUAAUGUGGGUCUGAUGCGACACAAUGAGCUGUCUGAAGGUAUCGAUGUGCUGGACAACAAUGGGAAUGUGGUGGGAUCCUCCAAAAUCGCUGCGAGACACGCGAUCACGGAGACAGCCUUCACACGUGUGGUUCUCCCGAUGCCGAUCUUCGUCCUGCCGCCCAUCAUCAUGUCCUACCUAGAGAGGCUCCGUUUCCUGCAGAGCCACCGCAGACUGUUGCUGCCCGUCCACGGCGCCGUGUGCCUGGUCAUCUUCGGCCUCUCGCUGCCCCUGGCCAUCAGCCUGUUCCCGCAGAUGUCUCAGAUUGAGGUGUCUCGCCUUGAGCCAGAGAUUGCCAUGGCAACAGAUUGCAAGGUGGUGACCUACAACAAGGGUUUAUGAUGAAGAGGAGAGGAGAGGAGAAGAGAAGAGAAGAGAAGAGAAGAGAAGAGAAGAGAGAAGAAGAGAGAAGAGAAGAGAAGAGAAGAGAGAAGAAGAGAGAAGAGAAGAGAAGAGAAGAGAAGAGAAGAGAAGAGAAGAGUGGAAUUGAGGGAAAACCCACUGUAGGGUUCCUCCUGUUGUCAGGUUUGGGAACUCCAUCUUCUGCAGAAUCAUAGCAGCAGAUCAUCUUGUACUAACCCAGGGUUUCUUACCCUUUUUAUUCCACGUGAUCCUGGUCAUGGUUUAAAAAUGGGACAAUUUUUUUCCCGUCCUCGCUGUUUUCAACAACAUAUAAGCAGCUCUGUAUAUAGAAAUUAUUAUAUAUUUACUGUAAAAUACUUUUUAGCAUUAAUAAAACUAUUUUAAUAUAUACUUUAAUAUAAAAUGCGCUUUGAACCUGCAGCUCUGUCCACUUUGUAGCCGUGGAACAAAGCUAUAAACAUAACACUCACAAAAGUCACUCUGAUUUUGGUCUCCACCACCUUUAGCUGCGUCCACCAGGUAGUUUUCUGUCAUUUUCUCCUGAGCAGUCAGCGAGUUUAUCACCGAAUUUUCUCUGAAAACAGCUGCAGCAAAGAACUGAUGAAUCUGAACCAAAACAGCAGAGUAGUGUGAGGUGAAAAAGGCGUUAAUGCUCUGAACAGCUGAGGUGAACAGUUGAGACUCUGUUCACGUACAAUUAAACAUGUGACCCAUUGUUAAUAUAAUUUUAGCAGAUAUGCCGUAAGAAACACGUACAUAUACAUAUCAAAACAACUUUUACUGUAAUAAUCAGGACAUGACUCUGUUCACUCCGGCCUGAACAGGCUCUGAUGUCAAUGGUCCAAGUGUGUGGACUUAAACAGGAGCUCGUCCACAGGUCAGCCACUGAAAGUCAAUAAGCUAACAUUGGGUUUGUCUUCAUCUCUGAAUCAGUGUUUUAUAACCUUUCUACAAUGUGAUCCAUAAAAAUGAAAGUAUGUCGAUGUAUAACCCUUUUUCUCCAGGUGCAUAUCUUGUGAUCUGAUCAGAAAUACACAGAUUUUUCUUCUGGUAAACUUGAUUGAUUUUUUUAUUUGAGUGCAGCAGAGGUCAAAUAUUCUUAAAGUGUAGGAUCCCUAGCCGGUGUCUUGACUGUCAAGUCAUAAAAAUAGGAACUGAUCUGUGGCACCUUACUUUUUGUUUGGUCCAUGUCCGACCUGCUGAAGUGGAGGAAGCAUAGUUUAUGUCCUAGACUGCAGCCACAAGGGGGCGAUCCAGACGUUUUGACUUAACUUUGACCAAUACUGGAUGUUCUUGGCUGAUAAUGAUAACAAUUUAUUAGCCAACUUUAAUAUUUCCUUUAAGUAUUUGUCUUUAAGGUCCUGAAAAUGUGAUACUACUCAAUUGGAGCCAAGGCUUGUAUAAGUUGAACAAUGUACGGUUACAAAAGAAACAAUUUAUCUUUGACCAUCCUGUACAGAAAAUUCUUCUUAUUUUAUCUGACCACCAGGCGUCAACAUACACUGACACAUCUGCAAUAAGCUGAUACAGAUGUAUGUGAUGUGUUAUUAUGAUGGAGAUGAGGAGCUUUGAGUUGAAGCUUCCUUCCAAGUGUAUAUUUCUUCAAAUGUUGAUUGGAGAAACUCACUGUGGUGCUAAUUAACUUUCUAUGUAUAUAAAUACACAUAUAUGAAUGCGAGAAUGAUAAUAGAAUGGAUCCCUAUGGAAGGAUAUUAAUGUGAAGCCUCUGUCAGUAGCUCUGUGUGAGGGCACGUGGAGACUGGACUGUAGAUUUACAUGAAUACUAAUGACUUUAUAUAUAAUGUUGCAGAUUUUAACCCAAAUAAUGUGACACAACAUUUAGCUCCUCACAGUCUUUACAAUGUAUUUCUCUCAGUAGCCAAAUACUGUAUAUGCACUUGUAUGAGGGCAUUUGACUCCACUACUCGUUAAACCUCUGCUGUAUUCCUACUGAAUGACUUUUUUUGUAUUUUAAAAGUAUAACCUACAGUAUAUAUUAUACUCCCGAUGAAGUAGUAUUUUUAAUUCUUUGUAUAGUACUUUUGCUGCAACUACAAGUUUAUUAAAUGUUUGCUAGUCAAACUAUGGGAAAUUCUUAUCAAUAAUAUUCAAAAAGUAUACAAUAAAAACUCUCUCUCUCCAUUCAC